AUGGAGCUGCCGAGCGCCUGCAGCCACCCGUGCUGGUUCCUGCUCACGCUGCUCCUGGGGCUGCUCCUCUGGGCCAGGAGGAGACGCGCCUGGGACCCCCGCAAGUGUCCCACCGACCUGACCGGCAAGACGGUGAUUGUCACCGGAGCCAACAGUGGGAUCGGUAAGUGUGUGGCCCUGGACCUGGCCCGCAGGAACGCCCGCACCAUCCUGGCAUGCCGGAGCCUGGAGCGGGGCCAGGCAGCGGUGAAGGAAAUCCGGGCAGCCACCGGCAACCCCGCGGUGCUGCUGCGGCUGCUGGACACCAGCUCGCUGGCCUCCGUGCGCGCCUUCGCCCAGGCUGUGCUGCGAGAGGAGAAGCGGCUGGACGUGCUGGUGAACAACGCCGGUGUCACUGGACUGCCCUUCGCCGUCACGCCGGAGGGGCUGGAGCAGACCUUCGCCACCAACUACCUGGGCCCAUUCCUGCUCACCAACCUGCUGCUGGACCUCCUGAAGGCGUCGGCGCCCGCCCGCAUCGUCAAUGUCUCGUCCUUCCGGCACAGCGCCGGCACCGCCGACUGCCGCUACCUCACCGGGCAGGAGCGGCUCAGCGGCUUUGAUGCCAACUACAACAGCACCAAGCUGAUGAACGUCCUCUUCACUGCAGAGCUGGCGCGGCGCCUGCAGGGCACAGGGGUGACCGCCAACGCCCUGAGCCCCGGCGUGGUGAGCACCAGCAUCAUGCGCCACUUCAGCUGGGCCGUCCGCGCGCUCCUCGUCCUCAUCCGCCCCUUCAUAAAGUCGGCGGAGCAGGGGGCCGUCAGCACCAUUUACUGCGCCGUCUCUGAGGAGCUCUCGGGCAUCACGGGCAAGUACUUCGACAGCGACUGCGGGCUGGCGCUGCCCUCCAUGGCCGCCCGUGACGCCGGCCUUGCUCGCAAGCUCUGGGAAGAGUCGGAGCGGCUGACGGGGCUCACCAACGGCCCCCGGCACUGA